AGAAAAUCAAAUCGUCUGUGGCAUACGUCAAGAAUGAUAUGAGAACCCCUGUCUCAUAAGGUCAUAUCCCUUCAGGGUCUUCACUAAUUCUUCCCUGUUUCAUAAUGCAGGGCGCAAGCCUGGGUUGGGGUCGCUCAUUGGAGUGAGCUACCUACGUGCAGCAGGAAGAGGAAUUAAGUCAUCUACCUACUCUACGAAGACUGCACCACUUUAAGCCCAGACAACUCAGAUUAAGACGCCGGGAUCGUGAGGGCUGCUCGGGUCUUCGCUGUCCGUGGCCCCUAAAAUCCAGCCGACAUGUAUUGGGAAAGGGCAGAAGUAGGAGUUAUAGAUACCUGAUGCAAUACCACAGCACUCGCAUAUAACAAUGUGAGCUCAUGCGGCCCCCUCCCGCAAAGCUAGCCAGCGCCCGAUGUAGAGCCCCAGUCUUGGAGCCAAUCAUCCCCAGCCCGCCUAUAAUCCCUGUAUUCGGGCAAUAGAUCCAUUUGAAAUAAGAACCUGGACAGUACCCUUGGCGGGCCCCUGGGUGAAGCCCAUAUAUUAUACAUACUACCCUCAUCAGCAUUGAAUUUACCUCCGACAUUCUUAUCAACAUCUAUUUCGUUUAUCUAUGAAUUCUGCUCUUGAAAAAAUCUAGAAGAAUACCUCUAAACUCCUCCAUGCUUGAUAUAAUCUCAUUCGGGAUGGGGAUUAAGACGUGGGCAGUGACGUCGAAGGUGCUGCAGAGGCUGAACCGUGGCCAAUCAAAGGCAAGGGACUCAACGAACGAUCAAACCCAUAGCUUCAUGGCAAGUACUGGCGACUUAUCAGGGAGAGCUAGAGUGGCGGCGGCAGCGGCUCGACGAAAGGUAGAAAAACUUCCCCUCGCCGUCCAAAUUCUCGACGACCCCAGCUCCGUCAACCAUCAGCUAGACAGCCCUUUGUUCUCCAAGCUCCCCGCCGAGUUGCGAGAAAUCAUCUGGGACUAUGCUCUCACGGGCUACGAAGAUUUCGAUGCUCUGUAUCCUUUAGAUAGGCCGUAUGCGCGACCUGGACAGGCGGCUCCGUUACACAUCGACCUUGACCUCUUGCUCACAUGUCGCGCCAUCUACCUCGAGGCCUUUCUGGUUCCUUUCCAGGUGAAUCCUAUGGUCGUGUUCGACGGACAUCCAGAUGUCGUGCCCCCAGAGAGCCCAUUACAGUGCACUCCUUCAAACUUACGACUGUGCCGUAAGCUGCGGCCCUGGCAGUUUGCAAAUGUCACAUCAGUAGAUAUGAGUGUCCAACAAUUCAUGCUAGAAGGCGGUGCGAUUGAGCGAGCGUCUCGUCUAUUGGGUAACAAGGGUCGUCAUGCUGGCCAUGAAGCGCGGGGCUUUACUCUCGCAGGAUAUGCAUCAUUUGCCCCGGCUAAGGAAAUGAAUACAUCCACCGGUGACGCGUUACGGCGGUCUGGAGCUGCAGAGACUCGGGACACUCUAAUUAGAAGCAUUUUCAUGGGGAAGAGGAUUACACAUCUUACAUUACGCAUGUCCCGUACAGACUGGUGGGCAUGGACGUCCCCUCCUCAUGACGGAGACCACAACCCACACGAAGCCUUACGACUUGAGCCUAUGAUCAACGUCACAGACCGGAACGAGACGUGCUCAGCAAUGCUAAAGGGUUACGAGGCGCGCAAAGAGGGCAAUCAACCCGACUUCGACUUGGACGAGUUCGAGAAGCAGGGCCGCUGGGGCAUGCAAUUUGCGGAAUAUUGGCCAGACUUACAGACCCUUGAAUUAGCUCUUGAGACAUACGCUGCGAAAGAAAAUCAGCUAGAUGAGGUGAUAAAGUGUGCCAAGUUAUGGACACUACCACUUGAUAGUGCGAAACAGCUUGAGUGGGACGGCGAAGAGGCGUCCAGUGUACGUUGGCACGGUGCACACCGAUACGGUUACGAUGACGAACUCGGCAUGUCUUGGCCCAUUGAGCAGUCAGACUCCACCGGACCAAGUCGGCAAGAUAUUCCAAUUGCCCAAUGGCGUCCGAUCGCCGACGAUACGAACGACGCGGGCCCUGCGCAGGAAUUUGUGAUAAAGUCACUCACUUUUACUCGGCGACGGAGUGUCGAUGUCACCAAUUCUUUGGAUAAAUAAAUAAUCUUCAUUGAGUCAUCCAAUCCCUGCGUAGACCAAUGAUCUACAGUGUACAAAUAAGUGUUACGGGACUGAACCAGACAUGUAACUGAUGAUGGGAUACGAGUAUGAACGCAAAUGUACUGAUAGCCUUCUUACAUUAAUGUUUGAAUGAUAAUCUUGUGUUCUCACGUACCU